AUGGCUAAUGCGGCAUCAGGAAUGGCAGUCCACGACGACUGCAAGCUCAAGUUUCUGGAACUCAAGGCGAAGAGGACAUACCGUUUCAUCGUCUACAAGAUCGAGGAGCAGCAGAAGCAAGUGAUGGUGGAGAAACUCGGCGAGCCUGGUCAGUCCCAUGACGACUUUGCAGCGAGUCUUCCAGCUGAUGAGUGCCGUUACGCUAUCUUCGAUUUCGAUUUCGUCACUGCAGAGAACUGCCAGAAGAGCAAGAUCUUCUUCAUCGCAUGGUCUCCGGAUACGGCAAGAGUGAGGAGCAAGAUGAUCUAUGCGAGCUCUAAGGACAGGUUCAAGAGAGAGCUCGACGGAAUUCAAGUAGAGCUUCAGGCGACUGAUCCAACGGAGAUGGAUCUUGAGGUUUUCAAUAGCCGAGUCAAUUGA